AUGGCGCCGAAAUCUUCUCGCAAGGAUGAAGAAAUAGAUUUUGUUGGUCUACUUGAUUCCAUUAUAGCAGACGAUGUCGACCGUUUCAAAAUUAUUAUGAGUCAUGCAGUUUCUCCUGAUAUUUAUUUCAAUACAAAUAAAUAUAAUCUUCCAAAAAUCAUUUCAGGCUUCCCAACAAUUGUGUCCUUAACAACAUUCUUCUCAGCAGUGAAAUGCUCGUAUGCAAUUGCAGAAAUGAAACCAAAAUUUGACAAACAAGAUAAAUACGGACGAUCAGCACUACACUUUGCCGCAGCAGGCGGAAAUAUCGACUUAAUUAAACUAGUUGCACCGAAGCCAGAGCAUUAUUCCAAAUUUGACAACCAUGGUUUUCAUUCUCUUUCUUACGCAGCAAUGUUCAACAGAUUAGAAGCUCUUAAGUACAUUAUGCAGUUUACAGAUCAAGAAAACAACAAACAAGCCCUUUAUACCGCUGUCAAAUUUGGAAAUUUAGAAAUUGUCGAAUUUUUGAUCAAAGAAUUACAUAUUCCUACAGAUAUCCCCGGCAUCAUGAAUGCAGCCUGUGCCAGUGGAAAUACCGAAAUCAUGGACCUCUUGAACGCUUCUGGAAUUCCAUUUGAUGAAAACGACGAAAAAGGAAUUCCUCCUUUUGUUGACGCGAUAAUUCAUGACGAUGUCAAAGUACUGAUGAAACUAGAAGAGAAAGGAGUUGACAUAUUAUCAGAUAAUCGACCAUUUGUCCCAAUAAUCGAAGCUGCUGCUUGUAAUUCAGAAAUUAUUUUGAAUUUUCUUUUGAAAAAGGGUGCUGAUGUAAAUUCACACAACACGCAUGGUGCAACACCUUUGUUCGCAGCGCUUUCAAUGCGAAAUGUCGGAAUUGCCAACAAAUUACUUGAUAAUAAUUCAGAUAUUUCUCAAAUCGAGAAUAUAUUAACUCUCACAGCAGAAACAGGUGAUUUAAACCUUCUUCAGCGUGUUGUGAGUCUUGUUGGCGAAGAUUGUCCUGAGUUACACUCCAAAAAAUUGUUAAUUUCUGUUUUAAACACAGGAAAUUUCGAAAUUUUGCAGUUUCUUAUCGAAAAAGGACUUGAAAUCACAGACCAAGACUCAAUAUUCUUUAAUCUUGCAGAGAAGUGCAUAGAGAAUGAGAGUCCAUCAACAUUAGCUAUGAUAGGAAUAGAACCUUUGAAACAAAAAGGACUUUUUAGAUUUGUUUUGUCAAAAUUGAUGCAAAAAGGUGCUACAAAAGAAAUGAUAUCAAUCAGUGAGCAACUUCUUGUUCAUGAGGAUGUGAAUGUUUACUGCGGAAUGGCUAAGACAGAAAUGUACUUCAGAUUGCUCGAAAUCGACAGCCCAGAAUUAUUUGAUUUGUUUGUGAAAAAUCGAAAGGAAUUUGACAUCCAAAAACUCAUUCGUUUGAAUAGAAAUGGUACUUGGGAGAAACUGUUGAAUGCUGAAAAAGGAAAACCUUUGAAAUUACUUGAAUACUUCUCAAAGAAUUUGAUGGAUAUUAAUGAAUUAAAUGAUGAUGGAAUUUCGAUUUUGCAUUUCGCAAUUUCUAAAAAUUGCAAUUUAGAAACAUUUAAAGAGCUUAUCUCUUUAGGUUGCGAUGUUAAUUUGUUGUCUACUGCUGGUACAUCACCUUUACUUGCCGCAUGUUAUGCGAAAUUGUUUAAUAUAGGAUACAUUUUAUUAGAAAAAGGAAGUGAUCCAAAUAUUAAAGGAAAAAUUGGAGAACUUCCAAGUGAAAUAUGCAGUGAGAAUGAGAAUGGAUUGUUUUUGUUGGCUUCUAUACUUUAUAAAGGUGGAGAUGUAGGAAAUUCACUCGAAAUUGCUGCCAGAAAAGGAAAUUGGGUAACAGUUGUUUACUUAAUUAAAUCAGGAUAUGCACAAUCAUCUAAGUACUCAAAAAUUAUUUCGAAAUCUCUUAAAGAAGGCAAGGACACACAUGAAAUCAUUCAAAUCUUAGCUAAGCAAAAGAACUCAUUAUUUGAUAGUAUUCUAAGUAUGUUUAAUGUUUGUAAAUAA